GAGAGAGAGAGAGAGAGUGAGAGAGAGAGAGAGAGUGUGAGUGAGUGAGUGAGUGCAGGGGGAGGAGGUCGACAUGGCUGAGCAGGAGGCCGCGGACCUUCCCUUGAGCCAGGAGACCUUCCAGGAGCUCUGGAACCUGAUAUCCCCUGAGUUUGAUGCUCCUCCAGGUGAGAACAGUGAUGUGGAAGAGAGCAGGAGCUGGGAAAACCUGGAAAAUGUACAGUCAGAGCCCCCUGAAGCCCUCUUCCAAGAGGAAUUAGAAGAGGCUGUGAUUGAGAGGCCUUCCACCUGCAGCCCUCAGCCUUUUCUGUCAACUGCUGAUACCACUCCCUCCCCUGCCCUAUCCGUGAUUUCUACUGCCAACUACAUGGGGGAGCUUGGCUUCCAGCUUCACUUCCAUCAGUCCGGCACAGCCAAGUCUGUCACAUCCACUUAUUCUCCAGACUUGAAUAAGUUAUACUGCCUGAGUGGGAAGACAUGUCCUGUUGAGAUACACGUGGACCAGUCUCCGCCCCCAGGUGCUGUCCUGCGUGCCACUGCUGUCUACAAACUGCUGGAGCAUCGGGCAGUAGUGGUGCGUUGCUGCCCCUACCAUGAGGGUGCUGCAGAGAAUAAUGAAGGCCCGGCUAACCGUAGUCACCUGAUACGGGCAGAAGGCUGUCAGCGAGCUCAGUACAUAGAGGACAGUGCCACUGGAAGGCAUAGUGUCCUGGUGCCCUAUGAACAAUCCCAGCCAGGCACAAAGUGCUACACAGUGUUCUACACUUUCAUGUGUAACAUUAGCUGCAGGGGGGGCAUGAACCGUCGACCCAUCCUCACAAUCAUUACGCUGGAGACCCAGGGGGGUGAGAUUCUGGGACAAGGCUGUUUUGAGGUGCGCGUUUGUGCUUGUCCCGGCCGGGACAGGAAGAAUGAUGAGGAGAACUUCAGGAAGCGCAAUGCGUCUUUCAGCGAAGUGUCUCAUCUUGAAGUCCAAAACAAAAAGAUCAAGUACAGCAACACUAGUGCUGAUGAUGGGGUAUACACACUGCUGGUCCGUGGGAAGGAGCGAUUUGAAAUGCUGAAGAAAAUAAAUGACAGUUUAGAGCUGUCAGACAGCAUUCCAGCUACAGAACUUGAAAAAUACAGACUGAAAGUUAACUCAGGAGUCCACAAGCAUGAGCGUCAGGCCCCAGAGCCAAAAAAAGGGAAGAAGCUGCUGAAGAAGAAAAGCUCUGACCGUGGGGGAGAAGCUGACAGAGAUCCUUAACAUCCACCCCAAAGAACCUUGUCCUGUCUGUGGUUAGAAGGUGUUUCCCUGCAUUUCUUGUACAGUCAACCCGCUAUGUUUCUGGACAGAGUGACUUUUUUGCAUUAUUCAUGUGCCAAAAAUAAACUGAAAUGAUGCAGCUGAAAUUGGUGUCAGUGCCCAGGUAUUAACUUACCAGAUAUGGAAUACUGGGCCCAUACGUUUGUCAGUUUUAUUCUGUGCUCAGUUUACUGUGCAUUCAGUUUAUUUUUAUAAUAUGCAUUG